UGGUUAUUAGUUCGUUUCCGUUUGUUUCGUGGAUGGUUUGAUCGUCCCGAGGUUGUUUAUGUAAACAAGACGUUAAAUCGCAACUUAAAUACAAUUCUUUGAUGUCUCGUGGCCGAUAAGAGACGGGAUUGAUACUUUUUUACAAAUUGUGACAACAUAUAUAUCCGAUAAGAAAGAUAUAUUGCAUUAUAGUUAGUUUACAAAAAUACUGUACUUAGUGGAAGUACUUAUACGUGUUUUACUGAAAAGCUGAAUUGAUCGUUUAAUCUAAAUAAGAAAAAGAUGGGAGAUUCCGAAGAGGAGAAUGAAAAAGAUUUAGCCUCUGGUCUCAAUAUCACUGGCUUUCUGUUUGGUAACAUCGAUGAUAAUGGUCAGUUGGAGGAUGAUGUCUUGGAUCCUGAAGCAAAACAGCAUCUAGCUUCACUUGGUCGCCUUGGUCUGAGCUCAUUCAUCAAUGAGAUGAUGUCGAAUGACUGUAUCAAUGAGGAGAAAGAAAAUAAUAAAUCAGAUAAGCUAGAGGAUCAGAAUGCAACUGCAAACGAUACAGAUGUGGAUUACUUUGUGAAAUCACCUACUGCACUAGAUUUUUCUGAUAUAAAUGAAUUGGCAGAUGAUACAAAUGAUGAAACUUCCAAAAAUGCACUUGAUAAAAAAGCAGAUAAGGAGAAUGUAGAUUAUGAUGCCGACGAUGAGGAGGUUGUUAAUAAAUCAGAUACACAACUAAUGCCACCUCCACCAAUACCUGAAGAGAAAGAAAUUUUAACAGCAGAAGAGGCAGAAGCAGUUCGUCAACGUAAAUUAGAAACACCUCUUGCUUCUAUGUUGCCAUCAAAGUACGCCAAUAUUGAUGUCACUGAAUUGUUUCCGGAUUUUCGUACCAACAAGGUUCUCAGAUUCUCAAGAUUAUUUGGUCCUGGCAAGCCAAGCAGUUUACCUCAAAUAUGGAGGAGUGUGAGAAAACGACGUAAGAAGAGAAAACAUGAUAUCAAGGAUUCUGAUUCUGGCUCUGAUCAGGAUGACAAAAAACCUAAAUUUAAGGGCUGGAUUAUGCAGUAUGGUUCUGAGCCGAGUGCGGAACAAUGUCGUUCAGACGAUGAAAACAAGCUGCUGCUACCAGUAGAAGACAAAGAGCAAGCUGGUAAAGGGGGUGAGGCUGGAGAGAAUGGUGAUAUGGGACCCAAAGUAGCUGAUUGGAGGUUUGGUCCCGCGCAGCUAUGGUAUGAUAUGCUGGAAGUUCCUGAAACUGGAGAUGGAUUCAAUUACGGUUUCAAGCUGCCUGAGAAAGUGGAGGAGCAAGAAAAAGACAAAGACAAAGUGAAAAGGCAAAUGAUCACAGAAAACGAGAAAUAUGAAGAAUUUGCUGAUGACGCAUUUUUGAUGGUAUCUCAAUUGCAUUGGGAGGACGACGUCGUCUGGAAUGGAGACGACAUAAAGCAUAAGGUGUUGCAGAAGUUGAACAGUAAGAAUAACGCGGCCGGUUGGGUUCCGUCGAGCGGCAACAGAACCGCGCAAGCUUUCAGUCAGCCGGGCAAAGGUGCCUCGGUUACUGUAGCACCCAACGUUAGACUGGCCACUUCACAAAUUACAACGCCAUUGCACAUGCAAUCUCAGAAAAGUAAAAUAAACAUGGGCAAGGGAAAUCAGCAGCAGCAGCGGGAGGAGAAUUACGACGACACGUGGUACUCGAUAUUUCCGGUGGAAAACGAGGAACUAGUUUACGGUUUGUGGGAAGAAGAGGUCAUCUGGGAUCCGGAGAAUAUGAAGAAGAUUCCGAAACCGAAGAUACUCACGUUGGAUCCCAACGAUGAGAACAUUGUUCUGGGCAUACCGGACGACAUUGAUCCCGCCCUUCUUCACAAGGACAAUGGUCCGCAACCUAAAGUGAAGAUUCCACACCCACACGUGAAAAAGAGUAAGUUACUGUUGGGCAAGGCCGGCGUCAUUAAUGUCCUCGAAGAGGACACGCCGCCGCCGCCGCCCAAGUCGCCCGACAGAGAUCCGUUCAACAUAUCAAACGACACGUAUUACAUGCCUAAAUCGUCGGAAACAACGUUACGACUGAAAGUCGGCGGCGGUAAUUUAAUACAGCAUAGUACACCGGUAGUAGAGUUGCGCGCACCUUUUGUACAAACGCACAUGGGUCCAAUGCGACUGAGAAACUUUCACAGACCGCCGGUGCGCAGGUUCAGUCACGGUCCACUGGCUCAUCCAGGACCGCAUAGUGUCUUGCCUCUGUUAAAGCACAUUAAAAAGAAAGCUAAGCAACGAGAGCAGGAAAGAAUCGCUUCCGGUGGCGGCGACGUAUUCUUUAUGAGAACAGCCGAUGACUUGACGGGACGAGAUGGCGAACUGGUUCUCAUCGAAUUCUCCGAAGAACAUCCUCCACUCAUGAAUCAAGUCGGCAUGUGCUCCAAGGUGAAGAAUUAUUACAAGAGGAGAGCCGGCAAAGAUCAGGGCCCGCAGUCGUAUAAAUACGGAGAGACAGCGUACGCUCACACCAGCCCGUUCCUGGGCAUUCUUACUCCCGGUCAGAGUAUUCAAGCGAUCGAGAACAAUCUGUACAGAGCUCCCAUUUAUGAACACAGGAUUCCCGAGACGGAUUUCUUAGUAAUAAGAACGAGACAACAAUAUUUCGUUAGAGAGAUGGACGCAUUGUUCGCUGCCGGACAAGAAUGCCCGCUCUACGAAGUGCCAGGACCGAAUUCGAAAAGAGCCAACAAUUUCGUACGCGAUUUCCUACAAGUAUUUAUAUAUCGAUUAUUUUGGAAAUCGCGCGACACGCCUCGGCGGAUUAAGAUGGAUGAUAUAAAGAAAGCCUUUCCAUCACACAGCGAAAGCAGCAUUCGAAAAAGGCUAAAGUUAUGCGCGGAUUUCAAAAGAACCGGUAUGGACUCCAAUUGGUGGGUGAUAAAACCGGAUUUUAGAUUGCCGACGGAAGAAGAGAUCCGUGCUAUGGUAUCGCCGGAGCAGUGUUGCGCUUAUUUCAGCAUGAUCGCGGCCGAACAGCGUCUGAAAGAUGCCGGAUACGGCGAGAAAUUCUUAUUCACUCCGCAAGACGACGAUGACGAGGAUAUGCAGCUAAAGAUGGACGACGAGGUGAAGGUGGCACCAUGGAACACCACGCGUGCCUAUAUCCAGGCUAUGAAAGGGAAAUGUCUGUUGCAAUUGGCCGGUCCAGCCGAUCCAACCGGUUGUGGCGAGGGCUUUUCCUACGUCAGAGUGCCGAAUAAGCCCACUAUUAGCAAGGAGGAGCAAGAGGCUCAACCAAAAAGAACCGUGACCGGCACAGACGCGGAUCUCCGGAGAUUGUCUUUAAACAAUGCGAAAGCGUUGCUGCGAAAAUUCGGCGUACCUGAGGACGAGAUCAAGAAACUGUCACGUUGGGAGGUUAUCGACGUGGUGCGAACUCUAUCUACAGAAAAGGCGAAGGCUGGUGAAGAGGGCAUGACGAAGUUCUCGCGAGGCAAUCGCUUCUCUAUAGCCGAGCACCAGGAACGUUACAAGGAAGAGUGCCAGCGUAUCUUCGACCUGCAGAAUCGCGUGCUCUCGUCGAACGAAGUGCUCAGUACAGACGAGGGAGAAAGCUCGGAGGAGGACAGCUCGGACAUUGAGGAAAUGGGUAAGAACAUUGAGAACAUGUUGUCGAACAAAAAGACCAGCACGCAGCUGUCAUUGGAGCGGGAGGAGCAGCAGCGGCACGAACUGCGAAAGAUGCUGAUGGGCGAGGCGCAGGAGCAAGAAAACAAGAAAGGCAAGGAAAGCAAGAAGAAAGACGAGGAGGAGGACAGUCCGGUGAACAACUUUAACGCGCAGCAGGGUCGUGUCUUAAAGAUCUUCCGCACCUUCCGUAAUCCGGAGGGCAAAGAGUAUACGCGUGUCGAGCUGGUGAGGAAGCCCGCCGUGAUCGACACGUACCUUAAGAUCCGUAAUUCGAAGGACGAGACGUUCAUCAAACAGUUCGCCACGCUUGACGAGGCGCAGAAGGAGGAGAUGAAGCGGGAGAAGCGCAGGAUUCAGGAGCAGCUGCGGCGGAUCAAGAGGAACCAGGAGAGGGAGCGCAUGAUGGGCGGACCAAUCGUGAAUGGCAACGCCAUCAACAACUCCAGCAACAAUAGCUCGUUCGACCGCAGCAACACUAAUAUUCCCACCACUGUUUCCUCAAGCAGUAUCCUUCCAUUUUGUAAUAUUCAAUCCACGUCCGCUUCCACAUCUAAACAUACCAAACCAGAUCCGUCACCUCCUAAACGUAAAAAACCAAAACUCAAACCAGAUCUAAAAGUCAAGUGCGGUGCUUGCGGCAACGUCGGUCACAUGCGCACCAACAAGGCUUGCCCGCUCUACCAGAACAGCGUCACCACCGCUGCUACCACCACUACGACCAUCACCACCACGACUGCUACCACCCCGCCGCCCAUCACCGUCGCGAUGACCGAGGAACAGGAGGAAGAGAUCGAGAAGCAACUGAACACGGACGAUCAGGAUUUGGUGAACAUCGAUGGCACUAAGAUGAAGCUAUCGUCGAAACUAAUCAAGCACGCGGAGGAAAUGAAGAAACGUACACUGUUGCUGAAAGUGCCGAAAGAGGCGGUGAACACGAAGAAACGCAAGAAACCACCUCCAGAGGAUCACUGCGAUUAUUUGAAACGUCAUCAAAAGGCUAUAAACAGGCGUAGGACUGAUCCGGUUAUUGUAAUGUCGACGAUAUUGGAAAGUAUUCUAAAUGAAAUGAGAGACCUGCCCGAUGUACAGUUAUUCUGUUUCCCGGUUAACGCCAAAGUGGUUCCCGAUUAUUAUAAGAUCGUACAACGACCAAUGGACCUACAGACCAUACGAGAUAAUUUGAGGCAGAAAAAAUAUCAGAGCAGAGAAGAGUUUCUAGCGGAUGUUAAUCAAAUCGUGGAAAACUCCACGCUUUAUAAUGGAGCGAAGAGUCCGUUAACUAUGGCUGCUAAAAGAAUGUUAGAUACGUGCGUCGAAAGGCUUGGCGAGAAGGAAGAUCUAUUGAUGAGACUGGAAAAGGCCAUCAAUCCUCUUUUGGACGACAAUGACCAAGUUGCCCUUACCUUCAUUUUAGAUAAUGUUAUUAACAAUAAGCUAAAAUCUAUGACGGAAGUAUGGCCGUUUAUGAAACCCGUCAAUAAAAAGAUAGUUAAGGAUUAUUACACUUAUAUCACGCAACCGAUGGAUCUCGAAACGAUAUCGAAAAAAGUUUCUGCUCAUAAAUAUCACAGUCGCCACGAGUUUCUUAGAGACAUUGAACAGAUUUUGAAAAACUGCAUACAAUAUAAUGGCAAAGAUUCUUCCUUCACACAUAAAGCAGAAGUGUUGGUAAAAGUGUGCAAAGAAACAUUAGACGAGUAUGAUGAACACUUAACACAACUAGAGAAUAAUAUACUACUCGUGCAAAAGCGAGCGAUGGAGCAAGCGGACAUGGAUUCCUCAUGGCUUGGCCCAGACGAAGAAAACUAUACUAUGACGGAAUUCAGAAGCCAGACCAGUUCUCCAGAGAAUCCGUUUGGCAAGUCAAAUAUGGACGACUUCGACUUCGUCGACGUAGAAGGCGAUAUGGAAGCAGAAGUUGAUAGAACCUCGAAAAAGAAAGAUGUACUCGAAGAAGAUCUUCAAUUCUCCAGUGAAGAUGAGUUUGAUGAAGUGCCAUUCGGUACAGAUGAACAAUCUGAACAAAAUGAAAUGGAGACGUUGGAGUUAAGCGAAGUAAGGGAAGGUGUCGUGUUGGCGGACGAUGACAGCCAACAAGCUGCCGAGGCAAUGGUUCAAUUAGGUAACGUCGGUUUUUAUAUGGGUGAACAGCAAUUACUUCAACAAGAUGAGAGUAUGGAUGUCGAUCCAAAUUACGAUCCAUCGGAUUUCUUAUUGGCUGGUUUGCCAGCCAGAGAAGGUGAGAAUAAGAUCCAGGACGAUCUGGCUGUUUCCGAGAGCGAUGACGACACAGAAAACACAGCAUCCAAGCAAGAAGCGCAGCAAAAUCAACAGCAGCAACAAUUGUCACAACCUGACGAAGAAGUCGGUGGAGAUUUGUGGUUCUAAGUGUGUUCUUAUUUUGAUAAACGAGGGAAGUGAUGAACAUUGCACUCUUAGUAUUAUUAAAUACAAAGUUCUCUCGCCAUUUUAACAGUCUACCUUGUGAAAUCGAAGAGGAAUUAAUGGUAUUUUCUUUUUAUGUAUUAUGUGCAUAUAUGUAUAGAAAUUUGUAAAUAUAGAAUAAACAUUGUUUUUUUUC